GCUCUCCUUUAAUGAGACAUCUUUCUGAAAUAAUCAAGUUUGAAGCCCUUCCUAUCAUUUCAGGAGGCUCUGGGACAAAGCCACAGCCCAAGUGAUAUGCCGGUGUCAGAACAAUUCCUGUCCUGAAGGAAGGUAUGCAACCGUCUUUAUUCCCCCUUCACAGACGUCCUUGAGCCCUUGAGACGGAUGUGAGUGAGUUUUUCAGUGCUCAUGCAAAACAACCAUCUAAACAUAACAGAUGACAUCAGCUUGGGCUUUUCAAUUCCUGGAUGGCAGCGGCGUGUUAAUCCAGCCUUCAUCCUGGAUUUCAUAAACUAAAACAAGAGAGCCUGGCAAGAGGACAGCGUUGCCGCUGGGUUGAGGAAAUUGAUGACGGGGAAGCAUGUGGGCAACCCAGUGUAUAAAACUCAUAAACGUGUAGGCAGAAGCUCAGCUACUACUUUGGACAGCUGCUUCAGCCAGUAAAGACCACGCCGCCGCUGCAGGGAGCUGAGCCAGAGCCUUCGGGAAACCAUGAAGAGCCUCUUGUUGCUGGCCACGCUCCUGGUACCCGUGCACCUGGCGACGACCUGGCGCGCCAAGUACGCGGUGGACUGCCCCGAGCGAUGCGACAGCGCCGAGUGCAAAAGCAGCCUGAGCUGCAAGCGGACAGUGCUGGACGACUGCGGCUGCUGCCGGGUGUGCGCCGCGGGGUUGGGCGAGACGUGCUACCGCACCGUGUCCGGCAUGGAUGGCGCCAAGUGUGGCCCGGGGCUCAGGUGUCAGUUUUACAGUGAGGAAGAUGACUUUGGAGACGAGUUUGGGAUCUGCAAAGACUGCCCUUACGGCACCUUUGGGAUGGAAUGCAAGGAGACGUGCAACUGUCAGUCUGGCAUAUGUGACAGAGUGACUGGCAAAUGUUUAAAAUUUCCCUUCAUCCAAUAUUCAGUAACCAAGACUUCCAACAGGAGAUUUGUUUCUACAGAGCAUGACAUGGCAUCUGGAGACGGCAAUACUGUGACAGAAGAACUUGUAAAAAAGAAUACCCGCUCGCCCGUCAUGAAAUGGUUAAAUCCUCGCUGAGCGUGGGUGGGAUUUCUGAGAGAAGACUCUUAUUUUAACGAUCAUUCAACACACAGCCAACAUUUUAGGAACAUUUUAGGAGCAUAUGGACAUGUGAUAUUGGGAGGCCAAGUGUGUGGGUCCAGAAAAAAAAAGUAGGCUACUAACAAUCCAUAAAGUGCAUAUGACUGAACACUUUUAGAUAUUUGUUAAAUAUUUGAAUACAUACAGAUUUGUUAAAUAUGUGUUUAUAGUAAUUCUGAAGAACUGAAAACGCAAUUUAAAUCAGCUUCACGUGGACGCAGAUCAGCCAAGGAGAAAGUUAGCCAAAGCUGCAGAUCAUAGUGAAUCCAUACGCCUGUGACUCGGAUGCUCACUGAUGUUGGGAUACAGACAGA